GCUUUGCUUGUGAGCUUCAUGCUCUCCACACUCUUUCUCUCUUCCUUCAUGUACCGCGCAGGCAUCCAAAGGCAUGGGGCUUGCAUAUUGACUCGUUUCUCUCAAGUUUCAACUCGCGCUGCAAGAGCUGCCACGCCUCCGCUAUCUCCCAAGAUUUCCCGCCGAUAUUUCGAUCGCAAACCCGAGAAACCCUCCUUAGCGCUCGAUAAGGAGAAGAAAAAGAAGCCGAAGAAUUCAUUUUCUCGCCGAAGCUCUUCGCCGCUCGAGAAGAACAAGCCUCUAUUUAGCCUAGCCUCUUCAACGGCUUCCGCAGCCUCGAAACACAACUCGUCCCCUCGCCCCGCCCCCUCAACAUCCUCGAGGAACAAACGAGCGAAGGAAGAAGACAGACCCAAGCCGGAAACCCACUCGCAAGACACUUCCCCCGCCCACCCCGACACAAAAUUGUCGCCCGAAUCGCCGAGAUCGUACAAGAAGAGAUCGCUGUCCGACAUCGCUGAAGGCGACCUGUGGAAAGAAAGACACGCAAGUCUUCGUGGCGAUCCUAAGUCAUUUCCCGGCCAAACCGUCUUUUGCUUACCAGCCGGUUUGAACAAUAUCAAGCCCCCGGGUCACAAAGUUAAACUCGUCCGACGCUAUACCCUCCUCAAGGGGCCAUUGAAAAAGGAACAGGAAUCGGGACCGACAGAUUUCAGGGACAAUUACCGGGUCAACACCAUGGCGAGCUACAUCCACAUCGCGUCGACGCCCACGGCCGACACAGGCGCCAGCCUGUUGCUCCACUUCGACCAUCGACGGUAUCUGUUUGGCAACCUCAGUGAAGGAACGCAACGAGCCCUGACUCAACGCAAGUUCUCCCUCGCCAAGAUGGAGACCAUUUUCAUAUCUGGCCAGACCAAGUGGGCAAACACGGGUGGCAUGAUUGGUAUGCUCCUCACUAUUGCCGACGUUGUGGAGGGCAGUCGGAGAGAGAUGCAAGCUCAGCCCGACGAAAAGAAGAAGAAGGCGAGGAAACAGGAGGCCUUUGAGCGCCUCGAGAUUCACGGUGCCCAAAACCUGAACUAUUCCAUCGCGACAGCCCGGGGUUUCGUCUUCAGAAAGGGUAUCCCGAUCCGCGCCAUGGAGCUGUAUCAAGACCCGAGAUUGGCAAACCCUGGAGGCUCCACGCCAGAUUGGGAGGACGACGCGAUCCAAGCCUGGAAGAUCCCCAUCUCCGCCGACCAGCCGUCGCCUCCUUCGGCCUACGGCAAGUCACGUAAGAGAAGCCACGAGGUCAUGACUGCGGAAGACGACGCCGCCGUCGCCACGUCGCAGACAACACCAGCCACCGACGCCGCCGCGGAUUCGGCAAUAAUCGAACAACAGAAGAUCACCAACCGAGAGGCCGUUGAGGCCGUUGUGCAGGAAAUGUUCAGCUCGGACUGGGCCAUGGACCAGCUCUACGAGACGAAGCUUUCCAAGGUCAACCUUCCCGCCACCAUCUUCAUCAGGGAGAACGGCCAGAUACAGAAGUACAAGGGUCCCAUGCCGGGUGAUGAGGGCGAGGUGCCUGACGUUGACGUUCUCGUACGGUACCCCUGGCCAGCGACCAAGGUCCGUGAUCUUCCCGACCCCGAACGGUCAACCUCGGCCGUCUGCUACGUUGUCAAGAACAGAGGCCGCAGGGGCAAGUUCGACCCGGCCGCUGCCAAGGCGCUGGGGGUCGCUCCAGUCGACUUCAAGCACCUCACCAACGGUCAGACGGUUAAGGGAAAGACGGGCAACGAUGUGACGCCCGACAUGGUGCUGGGGGCGCCGACGAAGCCCGUUGGCUUUGCCAUUAUCGACAUCGCGAGCACGUCCUAUAUCGAAUCGUUCCUCGGCAGACCGGAGUGGAAGAACGCGACGCUCAUGGACAACGUGCCCGCCUUCUUCUGGAUCCUCGGCCGCUCGGUGAUUGAUGACGCGCGCAUCCAGAACUUUAUCAAGGAGCGGCCCCACGUCCGGCACACCAUCAUGGCCCCGGACGUCAGCCCGAACAUGGUAGCGAUGGAAUCCUAUGGACUCCUCCACGCCAAGCUGCGGCGCAUCGACCCCGAGCGCUUUCCGCCUCUCCAGGCGGACAACACCGUUCGGGAUCUCUCGCACAUUGGUCCCAACGUCGAGGCUGCGCGUGUCGGCAUGAGGGCUGUCCUGGGUGCGGAAAUCAAAGCAGUGAAUGAUGACAUCGUGCCGUUCCCUACGUUCGAGGAGGCUUCGAACAUCGACGGCGGGGCCCUGCGGAUGGCUGCCCACGCCGCGGCCAAGAUUAAGAAGCCUGCAUUUUUGGAGGAGGUGGAGCGGACGGAGCAAGACAUUCCCAACCGCGACACCGAGAUCAUCCCGCUCGGCACCGGAUCUGCUUUGCCGUCCAAGUACCGCAACGUCUCGGCGACCUUGAUCCGCGUGCCGCAGUACGGCAACUACCUUCUCGACUGCGGUGAAAACACGCUUGGCCAACUCCGCCGCGCGUUCCCGGCCGAGGAGGUCGCCAAGAUCCUCCGAGAAACCCGGUGCGUUGCCAUCAGCCACAUCCACGCCGACCACCAACUCGGACUCGCAAGCUUCGUUACGGCCUGGGCCGAAGCGACGGCCGCCCUGGACCCGCCACCCAAGCUUGGGAUUGUAGGCCCUCUCAGCAUUCAAAACUUCCUGUUGGAAUACAACCAGAUGGAGUGCAUGGACUUGAGCCGUUUGGAGUUCAUCCGGAAGCAGAACAUCUUCCCCUACGGCGACGGCCGCCUGCCGGAAGACUCGUGCACCCGCCUCGCCUCGGUCCAGCUGGUUCCUGUCCGUCACUGCCAUCACUCGUACGCCGUCGUCUUCGCGUGGCCCUCGGGUCUCAAGAUCGCCUACUCGGGCGACUGCCGGCCCAGCGAUGACCUCGUUGAGGCCGGCAAGGGCGCCACACUUCUCAUCCACGAGAGCACCUUUGACGACGACAAGCAGGGUGACGCGUUGGCAAAGAAGCACUCAACCAUGUCCGAGGCCCUCGAUGUCGGCUACCGCAUGGGCGCGCGCCGCGUGCUGCUGACGCACUUCUCCCAGCGCUACGCCAAGAUCCCACUGGUCGAGAAGCGGACGACGGAGACGGGCGCCGACCAGACGGUUCUGAUGGCCUUUGACCAGAUGAGGGUCAAGCUGGGCGAGUUCCGUCAGGCUCAGGCGUUUCUGCCCGCCAUCCGGCAAAUGUUGGACGCCGAGGAGGCUCCCAAGGCGGACGAGGCGGAAUAAGAGUUGGAAGGACUCGUCUCUUGGGUAUAUAGAUGAUAGAAAAAAAAGUCUAACCACCCCUU